CCCGGUCGGACGGGGAGGACGCCCGCGGGACAGCUACCUUUUUGGAAAGAUGGUUCUUCAUUGGAACUCGUUUUUUUGCUUUCCUGUCAUGCUUAUGUGCCAUUGGAUGGGGACGGCUUUAUCUUUGAAUCUGGAAGACCCCAAUGUGUGUAGCCACUGGGAAAGUUACUCAGUUACAGUGCAAGAGUCAUAUCCUCACCCUUUUGAUCAAAUUUACUACACUAGUUGUACUGACAUCCUAAACUGGUUUAAGUGCACACGACACAGGAUCAGUUACCGUACUGCAUACAGACAUGGUGAAAAAACAAUGUACAGGCGUAAAUCCCAGUGCUGCCCUGGAUUUUAUGAAAGCAGGGAAAUGUGUGUCCCUCAUUGUGCUGAUAAAUGUGUCCAUGGUCGUUGUAUUGCUCCAAACACCUGCCAGUGUGAGCCUGGCUGGGGAGGACCCAACUGCUCCAGUGCAUGUGACAAUGACCACUGGGGGCCUCACUGCAGCAGCCGCUGCCAGUGCAAAAAUGGAGCCUUGUGCAAUCCCAUCACUGGAGCCUGCCACUGUGCAUCAGGUUUCAAAGGUUGGCGCUGUGAAGAACGCUGCAGUCAAGGGACAUACGGAAACGAUUGCCAUCAAAAAUGUCAGUGCCAAAAUGGAGCCACCUGCGACCAUGUAACUGGAGAGUGCAAAUGUCCUCCUGGAUACACUGGUGCCUUCUGUGAGGACCUGUGUCCUCCUGGGAAGCAUGGGCCACAGUGCGAGGAGAGGUGCCCAUGCCAGAAUGGAGGUGUCUGCCACCACGUCACUGGGGAGUGUGCCUGCCCGCCAGGAUGGAUGGGCAUGGUCUGUGGUCAGCCUUGUCCUGAGGGCCGUUAUGGGAAAAAUUGUUCCCAGGAAUGCCAGUGCCACAACGGAGGGACCUGUGACUCAGCAACGGGUCAAUGCCAUUGCAGCCCAGGCUACACAGGGGAACGAUGCCAAGAUGAAUGUCCAGUGGGGAGUUAUGGUGCGCAGUGUGCUGAGACCUGCCAGUGUAUGAAUGGAGGGAAAUGUUACCACAUCAGUGGUGCCUGUCUCUGUGAACCAGGAUACACCGGAGAGCACUGUGAAACGAGGUUUUGCCCUGAGGAAAUCUAUGGUCUGAAAUGUGAUAAAAAGUGCCCCUGCCACAUGCCUAAUACCUGGAGCUGUCAUCCUAUGUCUGGGGAAUGCUCCUGCAAGCCCGGCUGGUCUGGGCUCUACUGCAACGAGACUUGUUCCCCGGGAUUCUAUGGCGAGUCAUGUCAGCAAAUCUGCAGCUGCCAAAAUGGUGCUGACUGUGAUAGUGUGACUGGAAAAUGCACCUGUGCCCCUGGAUUUAAGGGUGCUGCUUGUGGUACUCCUUGUCUUCCGGGGACAUAUGGAGUAAACUGUUCAUCUGUGUGCAACUGCAAAAAUGAAGCCAUCUGUUCACCAGUCGAUGGUUCUUGUGCCUGCAAAGCAGGUUGGCACGGUGUAGAUUGCUCAAUAAAUUGCCCCAGUGGUACCUGGGGACUCGGCUGUAACUUAACUUGCCAGUGCCUUAAUGGAGGGGCUUGCAAUGCACUGGAUGGAACCUGUACCUGUGCCCCGGGCUGGAGAGGAGAAAAAUGUGAACUUCCUUGCCAGGAUGGCACGUAUGGUAUGGAUUGUGCUGAACGCUGUGACUGCAGCCAUGCAGACGGUUGUCAUCCCACCACGGGUUACUGUCGCUGUCUACCAGGAUGGUCAGGCAUUCACUGUGACAGUGUGUGUGCUGAGGGACAGUGGGGUCCAAAUUGCUCGUUGUCUUGUUACUGCAAAAAUGGAGCAUCCUGCUCUCCAGAUGAUGGAAUCUGUGAGUGUGCACCAGGAUACAGAGGCACCACUUGUCAGAGAAUUUGUUCCCCUGGGUUUUAUGGACAUCGCUGCAGCCAGACGUGCCCCCAGUGUGUCCACAGCAGUGGUCCCUGCCACCAUAUUACUGGCUUAUGUGACUGCUUACCUGGAUUUACAGGAGCCCUCUGUAAUGAAGUAUGUCCAAGUGGCAGAUUUGGUAAGAACUGCAUAGGAAUAUGCACCUGCACCAAUAAUGGAACAUGUAAUCCCAUCGAUAGAUCCUGUCAGUGCUACCCUGGAUGGAUUGGUAGUGACUGCUCUCAGCCUUGCCCACCUUCCCACUGGGGACCAAACUGCAUCCACACGUGCAACUGUCAUAAUGGAGCACACUGCAGUGCCUACGAUGGGGAGUGCAAAUGUACCCCAGGAUGGACUGGCCUCUACUGUACACAAAGAUGUCCUCUAGGAUUUUAUGGGAAGGACUGUGCACUGAUAUGCCAGUGUGAGAACGGAGCUGACUGUGACCACAUCAGUGGCCAGUGCACCUGCCGCACAGGGUUCAUGGGGAAGCACUGUGAGCAGAAAUGCCCUCAAGGUACAUAUGGGUAUGGAUGCCGGCAGAUAUGUGACUGUCUGAACAACUCAACCUGUGACCACAUAACAGGAACAUGUUACUGCAGCCCGGGCUGGAAAGGUGCCAGGUGUGAUCAAGCUGGUGUAAUUAUAGUGGGAAACUUGAACAGUUUAAGCCGUACCAGUACUGCCGUCCCUGCUGAUUCUUAUCAGAUAGGGGCAAUAGCAGGCAUCAUCGUUCUUGUCCUGGUUGUGCUUUUCCUGCUAGUGCUGUUCGUCAUUUACAGACAUAAGCAGAAAGGAAAAGAAUCAAAUAUGCCUGCAGUGACCUAUACCCCUGCUAUGAGGGUCAUCAAUGCAGAUUACACUAUUUCAGAAGCGAUCCCUCACAGUAAUGGUGGAAAUGCUAAUAGUCACUACUUCUCUAACCCUAGCUAUCACACUCUAACUCAGUGCACUACCUCGCCUCAUGUCAACAACAUGGACAGACUGACCCUGGCAAAGGCAAAAAACAAUCAGCUGUUUGUGAACCUUAAAAAUGUGGAACCUGGAAAACAAGGCACUGUCAUGGACUAUACAGGAACACUGCCUGCUGACUGGAAACAUGGUGGCUACCUCAAUGAGCUUGGUGCUUUUGGACUUGAUAGGGGAUAUAUGGGAAAGUCCCUGAAAGAUCUAGUGAAGAACUCAGAAUACAAUUUAAGUAACUGCUCCCUAAGUAGUUCUGAGAACCCAUAUGCUACUAUAAAAGACCCACCAGCUCUUGUACCAAAAAGUUCAGAAUGCGGCUACGUUGAAAUGAAGUCACCAGCACGCAGGGACUCCCCAUACGCUGAGAUUGCCAGCUCUAGUUCAGCCACUAAGAAUGUUUAUGAAGUUGAACCUACAGUGAGUGUUGUCCAGGGAGCAUUCAGCAGUGGACGUUUCAGCCAGGAUCCUUAUGACCUUCCGAAAAACAGCCAUAUUCCAGGUCACUAUGACUUGCUACCAGUUCGAGACAGCCCCACAUCCUCUACAAAGGAGGUCAACAGUGAAUGACCCCAAAAGCUGAUUUGUAGCACAGUGGGACUUUCAAGGGGUGAAAGUGGCAUGGUUGUGCUCCUUCAUCCAGAUCACCAUCGUAUUUGGCUCCUAGUCUGUCCAGCAGACAAUUGCUGUACAUUAAACCGAAUCUCAAUGUGAGGUUUGUAUUACGUAUACAAGUGACAGAUGGGACAAAUGCCACAUUCUGGGGAUCCUGAUCAUUCUUUUUAUUCAUGGCAGUAAAUUUUAUAGAAACAGGUAUGCAACACAUUUAUACUGUAAUAUAUUGGCUUGAAAAUAUUAGUUUGCAGAUCAGUUUUGAUAACAUCCCAAUCCAGUGACUUUUAUGUUUGUUGUUUUGCUGUAAAAGUACUCCCAGGACAGUGCAAUGUACCAAAACCCACUUUGUACAGGUGAUCUGAUUCACUAGGUAUGUAGAAGAAAAAACUGCCUUGCUGAAUUUUACCUUCCAUUCUGAUCUUUAGUCAAGGCAUAUAAGGAAACAAGGUGUGAUGGGGAUAAGCACAAUACUGCAGCUGUUUGGGAAAAACAUCAUCAGGGAUUUUUGUCCAUUACUUCUGGUGGCCAUACCUUGCUUAAAUAGUUUUGGAGAUAAAUGCAUUGUACACAUCAAUGUAAUAUGAUGCCUCAAGAUCUCUCGUUCCUUCAGACCCAGCACCAGUCUUCCAAGAAAUCUUUUUCUACUGUUCCAACUCAAUAUGUUGCAGUUCUGAACAUUAUUUCUGCUAUACACAACCAAUAAUCCAGCAUAUAUUGGUAAUUAUUUUUUAAAAUACAUAAAUUAAAUUAGUUUAUUUUUGCCACCAUGGACUGAUUAUGUAAGGAGUGGACAAAGGUGAUGACUGCUGUAAAUCUUAACUGCAAGAAAAGGUUUACAUUUUAUAAACAGGUAGUGACUGUAAUAUAGGAUUAAAAAAGAGUCCUGAUUUUUUUCUCUUAGCAAUAACUAAGCAAUUUCUUUGCAUACUUGCUAAAAAGGCACCUUUUCUUUUUUAUAGUUGAUGUAGGAAAGCACAUGCUUAAGCUGGUCUUUGGCAUUGCUAAUAACAUGACACAUAUACCCCCAUUCUUUAUUAACUUGUGUCUCUUAUUUUUUUCCUGUGUCUGUGUUUCUAGUGAUCUAGCUUGUAUUGAAAAAGAAAUAUUAUACUGUGUACCCACUUAUUUUGUAUUUUUGCCAACUGGCCUUUAUUUUGUCUAAUUAAGAGGACCUCUGGACACAUGGAGAGGACUAAAAUAAUUCCUGUCAUACUAAUGUCUGUCAGGGGUGGUUACCUAAUACAUCAUAAUUAAUUAAUUGGGAAAACCAACAAAAAGUCGUGGUGUUUUCAUCAAGGAUAAAAAAAAAGAAUACAAAAAACAAGUGAAAAAACAGCCCCUCUUUAGGUUUAGCUUAUUCUGUUGGCUAUCUGGAUGGAGACCAUCUUUCCAAAAGGCCCCUUUCUCUCCCUCCAAAACAGUCUGUUGUGAACUGAGCAAUUAUAAUUUGCCUAGGUGUCCAUCCAUGGAAGCAAAGUUGUUUCCUGGGCAUAUCAGCCUGCAAAUAAAAUGCUUGAUAUAGACUGGACAUUUUGUUUGACUGGAAAUUUACCUUUAGAAAACAAAAAAUGGUGUGGCAGCUUUGCUCUCAGCUGCUCUUGCUAUCAGUUAUCCUAACAGCUAACAUGCUUGUAAGAUAACCCCAUCAGGCUUUUCCACUCUGCCCUAGCAGUAAACCUGCAACUUCUUGAGAAUAGCUUGUCCUGAAGGUUGGUAUAUCCCUGAUAGAUGAAGAAAGGACACAAGCAGUUGUGCUGUAUGCCAUACAAUGGAAAGUACUUGUCCCCUCCUCUUUCUGUGUUGAAGUGACAUUUUGGCUCGUGAGGCCUGUGGUACACUGUAAUGAUAUGAAGGGUAGCCCAUCAGUCAAGAUUUGGGUGCAUGUGCACAGGGAGUGCCACAAACAUUUUUGUCUCUACAUCUGAACUGCAAUACAGUCAAAGACAAAGAGUUAUCACUGUUGUGACAGCAUUGCUGUGUUCCUAAGAAAAACACAACCAGUUACCUUGAGAAUCCUAAAUCCAACAGAGGAUCAACUGGAAGAAAAAAUGAAAAAUCUUUGGGGAAUUUUAUUUUUUAAAGGAAGCCCAGAGCUGAAAUAGAAACACAAGUUGACUUUAUUGGGUGUCAUUGUGGUGAUAAAUGAAAGAUCUGCAUCUGAUGACAUUGCUGCAGAUGUGCUCAUACUUGACAGUGUGUCUGUAUGAAGUCCCAUGUAACAUUCUUGGUUCUCACUGGCCAUGAGCACUGUUUGUUUUGCAAUUCCACUGCCAUUUUAUAUACUCUUGGAAUAAAUGAUUUGAUUAUCUUGAGGUUUUGUAAAUACAGAAAUUAACUACAAGGUCUUAAAAGCCAAUUAUCAUUUAAGCCCUCUGUGAGACAGAAGUUUUUAUUGGGUUUGUGUGCAUAUAGGUAACAUGUAGAGCUACUGGUAUAUACAUGUGUUUGUACUGUGUGAAACAGACUUUAAAAUAAAGCAUUUCAUCUCUGAAGCCAUGAAUAGUAAAUGCUGUAUUUAGCAAUUGUGAGCUCACAAAAAAAUAUUUUCUUACUCUGUGUAAAAUUUGGAGACCACUAAAUAAAUUAAUCUUCAUAAUAUAAGCUUUUUUUUAUAUAUAUAUGAAAAAUGAAAAGCUGAAUAAAUUAUAUUUGGUUUAAAGUUUCCAGUAUGUCACAUAUCCUCAAGAGAUAUAUUGUCACAUAUUCAUGGAAAUAGAUGAAUUUCUGAUAAUAUUGCCUAUUGUGCAGUGCUAAAUAUACACAUUACCAAAGUCUAUUUUUCUAUAUGUGGGUAAUAUUCCUGCUGUGUAGUCAGCAUAAGCAAUGUUGGCAUAUAUCCCAUCUGGAUUUGCAGUAUGUGUAGGUCAGGUAAAAAAAUGUGAAGUGAAUUCAGAAAACAGAUUCCUUGCAGGGAAUACAUUCUUUUUUGAGUGGUAGCCCUGUAUUCUUCCUGAGGAAGCAAGCACAUGGGGCUUGCAUUCGCAAUUCUGCUGUCUCAUGCACAGCUAGGGAGGCUCACUCUGGCAUACACUUAACUGUAAAUUUAAGAGGCCUCCAACUCAAUCUCUGGUCAUGUAACCUGUAUUAUAGAUCAUGGUAAGAAAUAUUUCUGAAAAUGCAGACUUUGUUGUGGUGGGAACUUAAUGAGUAAGCUGAUAGAGCAGUUUUAGCUAACAUCAUCUGCUAAGAGGACCGACUUUGCCACACACAGGAAUGGAGAGAUGUUUAGAUGUCUUGCCUCUAUAUAUUCACAUUUCAAAAGUGACAAAUAUGGCACUGAAAGAUAGCUAUCCUCUAGCAAUUUGUUACCAGUUUAAUAAAGUGCAAAAUGCUGCACAGUUAAUAGCUGAUUUUAUAGUAAGUGGUGAAUAUAAACUUUAGGUUUUAAAUAACGUAGCUGUAUGGGCAUACAAACUUUGGUCAUUAGACACAGAAGGGAACCCCAAAGCUUUUCAAUGUAUCAAAGAUUUUUAGUCACAACAUGCUCUUAUGCAUAAAUUUUUUCUGUAUCUUGAUCUACCCAGAGAAUUCCCAUUCAUUUUGAGAUAGGCUCACAGACUGCAGAGAAAAGAAGACUGCAUUAUAUUCAUACUCUUUGUUGAGACAAUCUGCAAAGUCAAUAUUGACACAUAGUAUAAAACAGAACUGGGGAAUGUGUUAAUUAAAACUUACUGGAUUUUUUAAGUACUGUGACUACAGCUGAAUUAUUUUUAUGAGAGAUGUGUGCAAAUAAUAAUCCUUAUACUGAAGCUCUGAAGUCCAGACUGAGGAAUACUGAGCUAAUUUUGUCUGAAAUGCUUUACAUUAAAUUGUAUAUAAAGUAGUUUAAAUGACUGAAAACAAAUGGGGUGCAUCUUUACUGAUUACGUGCAGGAAACCUUGUCAUUUGGUACACUGACUCAUACAAGUGCUAGAGCACUGAACGUAACUUCAGGUUUUUUAGCUCACAAAACCUUCACUUUGAUAUGACAGAACUGUAAUACAUUUUAAAAUAAAAGCUAUCACAUAUACCUGACUUUUUUUGUUGUUGUUGUAGCUACUGCACACACAAAUUGUUGUGAAGUUGCAUCUGUUUUCCAAAGAUGACUGAUGUUCAUCAUUCUGCCCGUCACUGCCAUUUAUUUCCCUUCAUGUACCUGUAGGUUAAUGUAAUAAAGUUUGUAAUGAAAGAUGAAAAA